AUGGGUUAUCUUUCAUGCAAUGCAGAAUCUGCUAUUGCUACUUGCAAUUCAUUGGAUUGUGAGUUAUUGACUAGAAAACCCAGAAAAAAGCAAAUCAGAAGACCCUAUAAGAUCGAAGAAUUUGAUUUCUUUCAACUUCAUUCAGCUACAAAUGGUUUCUCCGAUCACAAUCUACUUGGCAAAGGCAGUCAUGGCUCUGUUUACAAACUCCAUCUUCACCAGAAUAAGCUCAUCGCCGCCGUUAAGAAGACUAACCAAAUACAGCACGAAGCUGCAACCAGUCCUGCCGACAAUGAGGUUGAAAUUCUAUCCCAGGUUUAUCACCCUCGGAUUGUGAACUUGCUUGGUUUUGCUAAUGAUCCUGAUCAUCGGAAAUUGAUCGUCGUGGAGUACAUGCCAAAUGGCACGUUAUACGAGAUGCUCCAUGGUUCAGGUAAACCCCCGGGUUGGGUUAAACGAGUUAGAUUCGUUGCGCAAAUUGCGCGGGCGGUUCAGUUUUUGCACGCAUCAAACCCGCCGGUUAUUCAUCGGGAUAUAAAAUCUUCCAACAUUUUGAUCGACUCGAAUUUCAGUGCUCGGCUCAGCGACUUCGGGUUGUCUCUGAGAGGACACGUGGAGGAUGUGAAGGUAAGGUGUACGCCGCCGGCUGGAACUUUAGGAUAUCUCGAUCCUGGCUAUCUUGCUCCGGGCGACCUCAGCGCGAAAUCUGAUGUUUUCAGCUUCGGAAUUUUAUUGCUGGAAAUUAUAAGUGGCCGAAAUGCUAUCGACAUGAAUUACAGUCCAUCGUCUGUGGUUGACUGGGCGGUUCCGACGAUUAAGUCCGGUGACUUAUCCGGGAUAUGUGAUCCGCGGAUAGGGCCGCUCGAAGACGCUGAAGCGCUGCGGCUAAUAGCGGUGGUGGCAGCCCGAUGUGUGAGGUCCACUGCGGCAAAGAGGCCGGGGAUGGCGGAGGUGGUGGAGUGUUUAAAUAGUGCGUACAAAAGGUUGAAGGCGGUGAACAUACAAAUUUGGAACAAUUUCGGGCGGCGCGUGGGACGUGUGGGAGAAUCGUCACGCGUGGUUAGAUACGAACUGCUGGAUGAGAGUACGGAAAUGAUGAAGACUUGUCGCGUGGGCAGCAGGAGAAAUGGGAAAGUAUCCUAUGCAACGGGUGUAGAUUCAGGAAACCAUAAGAUUGUUAAUCGAAUUACGAGGUCAAAGUCAAUUGGCAGUUCUAGGGAGACUCAAAUUCCACCGUCCGAUUCAGGCAGUAAUCAUGUGUUUUGGAGGGUGGGAUUGGGUAGGCAGAUUAAUAUUGCAAGGUUGAGUAAAUCCAAGUCUACGGGGAUUUUGCAGGGUCCAAAAUUGGUAAACAACACUGGGGUUGUGAAGAACCCUAAUAGCAGGAAAUUGGAGGAGUCCAAUUUAUUGGUAUAUUUAGGUACAAAAGACCCAAAUGGGGAAACAUAUUAG